GGACGAGUUGAUUUUUGUUUACAUUUUUGUUCUGUAGGAUGUGGUAGUCGGGAUUAUGUCGGAAAAGUGUGUGUGUUUAGUUUCACGUUUUACUUUGGUUCAACGUAUUUAUGUUUGAUUUGAAGUAACGGAACGAAACUUAGCGACUUUCGUUUUUCUGCAAAUUACAGAAAAAUGUCAGGCGUAAGUCUAGCAAAUUCCGGAAGUGGCGACCUAGGAGACAAUGGCGGAAGGGCGCUCAAAUUGCAAACAGACACUCCACAUUUGGUCAGUAUGGGAGGAGACAGGCUUAGCACGUCUGUCACGCUUCAUCCCAUUCCUCAAGGGCGGAUGACGCUUGGAAGCGGUCCCGGGGUGGAUAUUUCAGUUCAAGGAACGGGGGUACUACCCUUGCACUGUCACAUCGAAAACAGUGAAGGCGUAGUAACUAUUUACCCACUAUCCGAAAAUUUGUCCAUUGAUGGAGUCAAAGUUACUAGGCCGACUCGACUAUCUCAAGGUGUUAUGUUGACCAUAGGGCGCUCAAAUUACAUGAGAUUCAACCACCCCGCCGAGGCCAAAUUGAUGAAGUCCGUUUUGCCGAACCCGCGGAUAUCUAUGGCGCCAAUUUAUUUCGAACUCGAAACCGCUUCGAACACGCUCAACAAAAAACCCCCCGUUGCUCCGAGGAAGAGCCCGCGGGAAUCGUUUUCCGACAGCGGAAGCGAGGAUUCGCCUUCCUCCUUAAUGACCAAAGUCUCGAAAUUCGAAUAUUUGGCCGCUCAGCAGUUGAAAAAAUCCAUUUGUCCGAAAGUUUUUUCAUCGAAUUUAAUAACCGUUAAUAUACCGGCGAAAGAUGUGUUGGGCAAAACGCCACCCGAUUUGAACAGUUUGUCGAAGAACUUACCGCAAAGUGCCUUAAACUACUCCGAACUGAAUUAUAAUAAGAAACAAAACGAAAAGGACCAAGUUAGAACGUCCGAAAGGCCGAUGUUCAGCAGGAAACAGCAACCGCAAUAUGUCAAUGUUACGGUGAACGAAACAAAGAACAUUAACAAUCGCGUUUUUAUUUACGAGAACGGUUGCGUUUCCAAGAAUCAAAACGUGAAUUUUGAUCACAACGAACUGAACAAUAAAAGUUCGAGUUGCAACAAGAACAUAAAUAUCAGUAGAGUGUCCACGCCGUCGCCUAGUUUCAACAGGAAUCCCACGCAGUCGUACAGAAGCGUCACUCCCAGUCCAACUUCCAAUAACGUUAAAAUCGAUCAUCGACGUAGCGGAUCACUGGGCGAAUUAACAAAUGAUAAUUAUAAUAUUGGAUAUCGUGAAGAUGUUACCCUUUUAAAUAAUGAUAUUGAAAUCAAAAGGAACCAGGCUCAACAGGAUAGAAUUAUGGAACAAGAAAUAGGAAAGGCCGAACAACAAAGAUUGGAGGAGAUUCUCAAUAUGUGCGCAGAAUAUGAAAAACAGAGCCUCUCCGAAAAACCGAAACCAAAACCGCCAAAAAAACCUGUAAGAAAAUCAAACAAUGGAUCGUUGCCUCGAAACAAAUCUCAACCGUCUUCACCAAUUUAUUGUACACCGCCACAAUCGCCACUCGACGCGCUUCAUAACGAACUGUUGAAACAAAAUAAUCACAACUACGAAAACCAUUUCAUUCCCGCGAGCUACGAAAACGUUGAUAUUAGGCGUACAGACGACACGAACGAUAAACAGUCUUCCAAAAAGAUCAGUCCGUAUGAAAACGUGGUGAUUCAAAGCCCUUCUGGACAUUAUUCACACGGAAUGAUGGAGAAUGUUGCAGCCAACAAAGAUACCACACAUAAGGAUACCACUGAUUUAAUCGAAAAUAAAUUCGCUAUCCUCGAAGCGGAACAGCUGUUACUUCAAGAAGCUGAAAAAGUAAUCCGACAAAACAAACACAACUCCAAAGAGAUCCCUAAGGAGAAUCAAGAUCUGAUUGGCGUGCAACGAAAAUCUACUCCCACCAAAUUUAUUUUGCCCUUAGAAGAUAUGGAUAAUUACAACAAAAGCAGCACUCCAAUAUCCUAUGAUAAUAAAGUUAACAAUAACUUUCAAAAUACACCAGAAUUUAACAGAAGCUUACAAUGUGAACAGGAAAAGGAAAGAUUGGAGAAAUUGAGGAAGGAAAAAAAAGAUAUUUUAUCUUUUAUAUCGAGAAUUAAACGUCAAAUGGCAGAAAUAGAAAUACAGGAGGAAGAGUUACAAAGAGAGUUCGAAAUAGAAAAGGCCCUCUUAUCGGGAGAAUUGAAGUCAAAGCAGCUAGAAAUCGAAAAGACUGAAGCUCGAAAACAGAAGCUGGUAAACCGCGCAAAGAAAAUUGAAGACAGCAUGAAUGAUUGUCACGUAAGAAAAGAAAUAGAACAAGAGAAGUGCCGAGUUGAAUUAAAUUUAGCCCAAGAACACUUGACACAAAUGGAAAAGAAACUAAAGGAGACAGCUAAAUCUAGUCCUAUGUAUGAGCAAGUUUUUGAAGAAUUUUUACAAGCUCAAGAAAAGCUUGACACUGAAAGGAAAUCAUUUGAAGAUCUGGAAUUUCAUCAUUUGGAGGAGGAAGCAGAUCUGCUUGCAAGCAAAGAAGAGGUGCAAAGGGAAAUCACGGACCUUACUCUAAAAAUUGAAAAUUUAAAAUCAGUAAUAUUACAGUUGGAUCAAGAAAACUGUGACAUGUCGAAAAGUAAUUCGAACGAAUAUAAAACUAUUGAAAAACAAAAAUUAGAAUGUCUAAUGAGAUUAGAAGAAAUUAGAAAUAAAUUAAAGUCUAUUGAUAGUGAGUUAUUGUACUUCAAUCAAGAAUCGGAGCAAGAUAUCUCCAGCGACAGCGAAAGUGACAAAAGUAAAGACAUUGAUAGUCAUUUUUCGAAUUCGUCGUUAAACAAUAUAACGGAUAUGAGUUGUUCUGUGAUUAUAAGUAAUACCAAAAUCCCUGAAUAUACUUGCAACAUGUCACAGUCAUUUAAUGAAAAACUAUUUCAAGAAAAAUCCAUUUUAGAAAUAGGAGAAAGGCGAUUCCCUAGUCAAGAUGAUAUAGAUAGAAUAAGCAAAGUUACAUCAAAUGCACCAAUUAACCCAGGUCAAGGGUCACUGGGAAGAAAAACUAUUGAAUCUCUAAAAGAACUAGAAAGAAACCGACAUUUACAUCUUUGUAAACAAGGGUCUCAAGUAAUAGAGCAGGAACGACAGCGCGUAUUGGCUCUAAAACAAAGAGUGCAGGAAGAAGUCAGAAAUAAAUGGGCGCAACGAGCACAAGAUUAUGAUCCUAUUGUGGAAGACGACACUAGGCAAUCAAGUGGUGUUGUUGACGUGAAUUACCUAAAGAAAGAGGAAAUUUCUUCGCCUAACAUUGAAGAUAAUACAAAUUUGGAUCAGAUUAAUAAGGAGAACGCUGAUUCAUCGAGACCCUUGUCUGAAAGCAGUGAAAUGAGUUUGGAAGUUGGAACACUUAGUAAAAGAAGGCAAAAACCAACAAGUGACAAACAAAGACCAUUAACUCGAUAUCUACCUAUAAGGGGGUCAAAUUUAGACUUGAGACAACAUAUUGAAUCAGCAGGUCAUCAAGUGGUACUUUGUCCUCAUGUUUUAAUCAACAGUGUUAGUUGUAGAGGCUUUUUACAUAAAAAAGGUUCUAAACUGCAUAAUUGGUCUAGACGUUGGUUUGUUUUUGACAGAAACAAGCACACAUUCUCAUACUACAGUGACAAAAGCGAGAAAAAAGCAAGAGGUGGUGCUUACUUUCAGGCUAUAGAAGAAGUAUAUCUGGACCAUCUUAAUACCAUCAAAUCACCAAACCCCCAAUUGACUUUUAUAGUUAAAACCCAUGAAAGAUUUUAUUAUUUGAUGGCUCCUUCGCCAGAAGCAAUGCGGAUAUGGGUGGACGUAAUAUUCACGGGUGCUGAAGGUUAUAGGGAGUUCGAUCAAGGGCUUUAAAGAUUUUCGAAUCGUAUGUUUAAUUAGGCUGCUAAUUGUUAAAUUAAUAUUGUUAAGCUUUUCUGUAUUGCUGAGUCAUUAAGAAAAUUUUAUUGUAUUUUUAUAAGAAUUUUACACUGAGACUUACUCAUAUAAUGCAUUUGCAUUGUUCCCGCACUAUCACAUUGCUAGUAUUUUACAUGUUUCAUAUUUUGGAUGAAAUGAUAAUUGGUGCUCUGAAAAUUAUUUAUAAUCCUACAUUCAAGUCCUACUUAAUCAAAGGUAAAUAAAUUUACCAUAUUUUUAUAGUGAAGUUUAUGUAGUUAAGAUAUACAUAUGAAAUUUGUAUUUUAAUAUAAAAUUUUUUUAAAUUUAUAAAAUAUCGACGUUGUAAGCAUAAUGUUGUUGUUCAUUCAAAAAUUGUUUUUCUGUUUCCUAAAAUUUGGUAUUUUUAUAACAGUAUUGUACAUUUUUGUGGUACAACAAUAUUAUGUUAAAUUAACAAGCACAUUUUCAAUAUAUUAGUUCAAGUAUUAGAAAACAGUGCCUUUAAAAGAGACUGCGACAAAUGUAUAAUAAGGAUUUUUUACUAUAAUAAAUUAAAAGUAUA